GGUACUAUUGUGAUGCGUUUAUUUUUGUUACUGGAUAAUCGGUGGGAAGUUUGAAAGAUUCGAUUUUGAUAUUGAAGAUUGAAAUAACGUUUCUUGUUUUUCUUUUUUUUUCGCUCGAAAUCUUAAAAGGAAAGUUAAGCAGAUUCCGUAACCAUGACAAAGAAUAACAAAAGAAACAAUCUCGAUCGCCUAUGCGAAGAGAAUUUUAUCCGCAAUAUAAUUCCAGAAAAAAGAAGCAAUGCCAGAAAUAACGUACCUCUCAGCGAGUAAUUCGCCUAUUCUUUACGCUCUGGCGGGGACCAGCAAGGAGGAUAAUCCUUCUGGUUCCUCGAUAACAGUAAAUCUUAAACAAUGUGUAAGGCAUAAGCUUCAGUAUUCACAAUUGCCUAUAAAAUGUCAACGAACGAGCCCAUAUCAUCGAUCUGUCCGUAAUCCGUUUAAAUUAAUCGGGUUAAGCGCAAUAAAUCAUAGUAACGUCUCCAUUGCUACAAUUAAAAGUUGCCCAGAUAAUAAUCACUCAAAUUCGGCCUGUUCUUCACCAAUUUUGCGUGCUAUCAGUUCGUCACAUUGUAGAAAGAGCUUAUCCAUGACCGAUCUUUCACUUGCAGCUAUUGAUCCAGAUAUAGCUAAUUUCAGAUCAGAGAGUAAUUCGUCGCUAGGACAUCGAGAAGAUUUAGGAGAACAUAGCAAGGACAUCGUAGGAAUUAAUAAAGGUGUCCUAGGAAUCGGACAUCGAACGUGGACAAAGAAUUUCUUGUCUGCUAAUAUAGAAGAGGGUGGUAACAGUCUUUCACAGAAUCCAGACAAAGCCGCGAGUAUUCUUUGUCAUGUAUUGAUACUGAACGCUUGGAGACGCAGACGAGCAGACGUCGGCCAUCUACAGAAAACUAUCGAAGAACUAACCCGGCAAAUCGAGCAUCUACGCUUACAGAUCGUUGUUCUCCGUCGUUUACUUGAGACGGAAAAUGGCCGUGUUAAUAAAUUGAAUUGGGAGGCUCAGCGUAUGAAAACUCAGCUUGAGGAAAAUUUUCAGGAACGUGAUGUUCUCAAGAAGGAAAAAGAUAAAUUGGAAGAAGAAGUUAAAUGUCUAGAGGAUAUUUCUGAGGAACGAUUGGUAACAACGGAGAAUCUUAGAAACGAAUUACUCAAUGCCCAAAAUCAGCUUCAAGAUUUAGACGGACAAAUCGCAAGAGAUCGUGAGAAAUUGUUAAAAUUACGAGAAGAUAAAAGGAUUCUUUUGGAUAAGAUAUCCGCAAGCGAAGCUUUAGCUACAGAACGUGGUAGUAGAGUAGAUAGGGCUGAAUCUGCCAUCGAGGAUUUGCAAAUUCGAUUGGCUGCACAUGUCGCACUCGUCGAUUCUGCACAGGAACAGAAUCAACGAUAUGCCAAACAAUUGAAGGUCGGAGAAGAUGAACGAAUGAAAUUGGAGAAACAGUUACGAUCGAGUAUAGAAACGGGGAAAGCUUUAAGCUUACGUUCAAACGUUCUUGAAAAUCAACUGGCCGAUAAAGAAGUUGCCUUGCAUCGUAUCGAAUCAAUAUAUAACGGUCAACUAAUGGAACUAAAUGAAUUGAAGGAACGUUUAAUCAGACAAUCUCAAGAAGGAGGAUGGAGCAGUCGAGUUUUACAAAUUGCUGGAAGCGUUGUUCGUGCGCCACGGGCUAUAUUGCGUACUCUAUCUUUUUUAUCUAGCACUACUGUACCAUCUUAGUUUUUAUCAGUUCAAGUAUGAUUGGGAAAUAUGUUAAACGUCAAUGAUGAGUUUGAUAUCGAUGUUGAGAAUGUUUGAAGUCAAAGAAAAGUUUGCGAAGAGAGUUUUUACCUUUCGUCGAUCACGAGAUGAACUCUUAUGGAAAAGUUAUUGCAUAUUAUAUAUGGGGAAGACAGAAAUAAUGAGCAGUACUGAACAAAAUUUACAAGUAACACGUCGGAAGGAAUAUUAUUAGAUUGUCUUUAUUUUUAAUAUUCUUUUUUUUUUUGGGAAGAAAAUUUACUCACCGUUGGAGAACGAAUGAUUUUAUAAUUAAAAGGAUAUUAUUAUUACAUGAUGAAUAUUAUGUAUAGAAUCAUGUGGAAUAUAUAACGGGUAGGAUAAGUUUGUUUAGAAUGUAUACGAAUAAAUGCUUGUUAUAUACUUUUUAA